CUUGGGAUCAUACACUAACAGUGAACUUCAAGAAGAGUUUCUAUAAUCACGCGUGACCUCAUUGUUCUACCAUUAAAUUUCUCAACACUCGCCUGAUCUCUUUCUCUUUUCUCUUUCAUUUACCAACGACUUCGGGUGCCUAAGCUUCUACCAUCUUCGUUGAUCUUCAACUUGUCUCAAAGUCAAACGACUUACUGUAGGCACUCGGUUCAGAAACACAGCUGUCUUUCCCAAAUUGUCCCUUGCCGUACCGGAAAUACAUUGGCACAAAGUUUCGACUGUCAGACCAACUCCGAUCACCUCUGGGCUAACCAGAUCGUUCUGUGCUCCCAAUGGCUCAAGGAGACUCCGCGGCCCAACGCUCUGGCCCGCCAGCUUCCAACCCUCCGUUCAAUGCACCGUCCUUCUGUCCCCAGCCUCGCCGCCCCCAGUGUUCAAACGGCGGACACCAACCCGAGGCUGCUUCACAUGUAGUUUCCAACGCGAAUUCUUGGGUCCCAUCAGCCCAACAGGCUCUUCACAAUGCCCUUCAGGCUAGCGGAUAUGCUGGUGCUCAGCCUGGCAUGAACAUGAUUGGAGGCCACAUCCAAGGCAAUGGCAUGAACAUGGCCGCUGAGACAGUCAACGGUACAAUCGAUGGCGUGGUCAACAAUGCUGCUCUUUCAACAUCUGGGUAUAUUUCCCACAUCAUGGCUAGUGGUGCUACCCCUUCGUCCAACAAUAGCCCCGAGCAUAUUAUUGUGAAUGGAUCGGCGAAUGCUGCUACAACAAACCAGGCUUCUCGAGGUAAUCACCUUGCAAACAGCAACCCUGGAGAUCCUGGUGGUUCAGGGAUUGGCAAUCGUCUUCCUCAUGGCACACAGCUUUUUGCUACUCAGCAUACCCAUAGCGGCAACUCUGGCAGCGGAGGACAGACUAGCUUCAUGUCUCCUCCCCAUGGCCGCUCAUCGGCAUCUCAGCCGAGCAGUCAACAUUCUGCUCGCUCCCGCCCUUCUACUGGUGGCCAGCAGUUCUACACGCCUAUUGGGGUCUCCCAGACCAACGCUUACAACCCCAGCUUGCCUCAGAGUGUUUCCUACAAUUCGGGUCUUUCUCUUGCGAGCCCCAGUCACACUCCGCAUCACUACAACGGACAUCGCAUGAGUGCUUCGCAGUCUACCCCCAACUCGGGACCUAACCAGCAUCUGACAGAGCCGCGAAAUUACGCACCACGAUCAUCCGCCCAUGGUGUCAACAGCUUGCCUCCUCCUCGAUUCGACUUGGGCUUGCAGGCUAUCCCUAUGACACAUGAAUCCGCCGCCCAGGACCCUUUUGGUAGUCCUGAACGUGCUGAGCCUACUGCGUUGAUUCCAUUCCCGAAUCUGCCCCCGCCCGCUGCACAGCAGGCCAUGCUUGCGGCCCCUAUGGCCAGGCACUUCACCAGCAACAUGUCACCUGAGCUAUCCAAGUUGGUAGAUACUCCUUCAGGCCUUCCCACCCUUGAGACUGCGAUGAAGCCUGAGUUCUUUCCUUUUACAAGCGGUCCUGGCUCUGCCAAAGCCUCUGUUGCCGGCGCUGUUCGUCUUAAGAACAUACCCUUCUCAACCAAGCGUGCCGAGAUUGUGGCAUUUAUCGGUCGCAAUAGCCGCAUGUUGCCAGACGUGGAAGAGCCCAUCCACAUAAUCAUGGACAGGGCGACGUCCAAAACUAUGGACGCCUUCGUGGAAUUUGUCACCAUGGAGGAUGCAAUGCGUUGUGCUGAGAAGCACCACCAACACGCUCAGGCUGGCCGUGUGAGUCGUCUUGGAGAACGCUCCAUUGAGGUUGAGCUGUCGAGCCAGUCUGCUCUUAUGCAGGAUCUCUUCCCUCUUGCUCACGGCGUGUUUUGGGAUGGCGCAACUCCUAAGGUACUUCCCAACAACCAUCAAGAGCCUUGGGAGAACUUCAAAGGAUUCAUCUCUCCUGAAGAGAUGGUCAUGCUCGUCAAGCAUGUUGAGGUCCCUCAUCGAUCUCCAUUUUCGAAGGAGUGCCCCCAGCGCCCUUACGAGUGCCUCAUCAGCACUCUCCGCAAGUUCCCCUGGUAUGCUGCUGACCACAUCACCAUUUCUCAGCGUGGUGCGGUGUACAAGGCGACCAUCAAGCUCCUUCGUCUGCUCAGCAGAUCAGUUUCGCAGCAGGAUGAUCCUGUCAACCUCACCUCCCAGCUUUUUCAGCGAGUUGUUCAGACUGCGAUGCAGUGUCAUGGCUUUACCGCCCUUCAGAAGGAUAACAUUGCCUUCAUGGUUCAGAUGAUCCCUAUGGAGCAGCAGCGCCGUCACCACCAGCCGGCCAACGCCAACUGCUGGGUUCACCAAUACGCCAUCACGCGAAAGCCCGACGCUCCUCUCGACCUUGCUGAGUGGUACAUUCGCCUAAUCCGUGAGCAGAGCACUCGUGAUGUCCUGAUCCGCCCUAUCCAUGAGCGUACUGUCAUUCAGGAAACACUCAAGGAGACUGAUGAGUACUGGGGUUAUUUUUUCAAUGAGGUCAACUACAUCCAGGGUCCUCAGUUUGAUCAAAUGACUCUGGGACAGUGUGCCUACCUCGAGCUUUCAGCUAUCGAGCGAAUCCUUGGCCGGGCUCUCAGCUACAACUGAACAAACGACCAACGGCACCGUUCUUGCUCCCGCUUCGGUGCCCUGUUGAUACCAACUUGAUUUGCUCUUUUGAGACGGCCCUAUGAGGCUACUCAUUUCGCUUCUUUUAGAUUUCAUUUUCGCACUACACCUUGCAUUUCAGCAUCCUACUGGGCUAUGUCACCAGUGAUCUUUGGCCAUCUUUUUCGACGCCCAAGACUCCCUAGCCACUUCUUCGGCAAUAUUUGCUACUCAGCGUUUGGUUGAAUUACUCGGGGCCAAGGCUAGAGGACCAUAAAGACUGGAGGAAGAAAACUCGUGGCGCACUAAUAGGCAGGAUUUAAUUCGGGAGCGAGGAUGGAUGCCAGCUCAGGGUUUUUCAGAGGACGCUAACAUGGUUCGGAGUUUAAGGAGUUUGAGGGAUAUUGCCUGUGCUUUGGGUCACUCUAGAUUCUAGUGGCUGUAUAAAAAAUAAUAUAAAAUCCCCCCCCCCCCC